AUGUCGAGUUUGCUGGAGCGGAAGCUGACACCAAAGCCGAAAGCCAUGAUUGAUGUUCCCACUUCCCCCACUUCUCGAUUGGCGCCUCCAUCGUUACCCAAGGUUUUUCGCCGUUGGUCCUGCAACUUCAUGUCCGAGGACGGCAUGCCCCAACCCAUCGAAUUCUUCAUUGCCUCUGACGCUUCCGCCAUUGUGGAGCACACCAAGCGCAUACUCUACUUGGAAGAUGAUGACAUCGCUCACAUUGCUGAAGGUCAAUUGCACAUUCGCCGUCUGCGCCGGGAUGAGUCUGAUAAGGCCGAGAUACCUGCCAUUCGCAACAUCGAGACGCUCGAGAUUGAAAUCGCCGAGAUCAUGAAGGGCAAGUUUGAUUACUUCAUGCAGAAGGAGAUUUACGAACAGCCCGAAUCUGUCGUCAACACGAUGCGUAGACACAUGAACUUCGAUGAUUUGAAGAUCAUGCUCGGUGGGCUGCGUGCCUAUCUACAAAUCAUGUACCGCGGUCAUCGUAUUGUAUUCUGCGCUUACGGAACGAGUGAAGAUUUUGGAUAUUAG